GUUACUUUUCUGUUUUCUGAACUUGCAAAACCAGCUACUCACUCUCUUUUGUUCUCUAUCGAAAAACCGGACCAAAAGGCUAACCUGAACCGUUUGAUCCAUAUAUUGCCGGCGAUACAGAUGCGGCCGACCGCCCGAUCCCUAUCUCUCGUUCUACUCCUCGCCGCCUUCCUCAUCGUUUUUCCGGCGUUUGCUUCCGAGUCCGAUCACAAGUAUCAACCAGAUGAUCCAGUUACCCUUUGGGUAAAUAAAGUUGGGCCAUAUAAUAACCCACAGGAAACAUACAACUAUUACAGCCUACCAUUCUGCCAUGCAUCUGGCUCUACUCACAAAUGGGGUGGCCUUGGUGAAGUUUUGGGUGGAAAUGAGCUUAUCGAUAGUCAGAUUGACAUAAAGUUUCAAAAAAAUGUGGACAAGGGUGGCAUUUGUGAGCUUGAGCUUGAUGAAACGAAGGUUAAGCUAUUCAAGGAUGCUAUCGAAAACAAUUAUUGGUUUGAAUUCUUCAUUGAUGACCUGCCUUUAUGGGGUUUUGUUGGUGAGCUACAUACCGACAGAAACAGUGAUAACAAGCAUGUGCUUUACACGCAUAAGAAUAUUAAUAUUAAAUAUAACAAGGACCAGAUCAUUCAUGUUAACCUCUCUCAGGAGAGCCCAAAGCCUUUGGAAGCUGGGAGAACCUUUGACAUGACAUAUUCUGUCAAAUGGGAACCAACUAAUAUCAGUUUUGCUCGUCGUUUUGAUGUGUACUUGGAUUACCCAUUUUUUGAGCAUCAGAUCCAUUGGUUCUCCAUAUUUAAUUCCUUCAUGAUGGUCAUCUUUCUUACUGGUCUGGUGUCUAUGAUUUUGAUGCGCACACUGCGGAAUGAUUAUGCCAAGUAUGCUCGUGAAGAUGAUGACCUCGAAACCCUGGAAAGAGAUGUUAGUGAAGAGUCUGGUUGGAAACUUGUUCAUGGGGAUGUGUUUCGGCCUCCUCGUUGUCUAGCAUUAAUGUCAGCUCUUGUUGGUACUGGGGCACAACUGGCUCUGCUUGUUCUCCUUGUCGUUCUGUUGGCAAUUGUGGGGACAUUAUAUGUUGGGAGAGGAGCUAUUGUCACGACUUUCAUAGUAUGCUAUGCUUUGACAUCUUUCAUUUCGGGCUACGUUAGUGGUGCAAUGUACUCGCGAAAUGGUGGGAAAAGCUGGAUCAAAUCAAUGAUUCUCACAGCAUCGCUAUUCCCAUUUUUGUGCUUUGGGAUUGGCUUUGUUCUAAACACGAUUGCCAUAUUUUAUGGGUCUCUAGCAGCCAUUCCCUUUGGUACGAUGGUAGUUGUCUUUGUCAUCUGGGCAUUCAUCUCCUUUCCCCUGGCUCUUCUUGGUACUGUUUAUGGAAGAAACUGGAGUGGUGCUCCAAACAAUCCAUGCCGUGUCAAGACCAUUCCUCGCCCUAUUCCUGAGAAGAAGUGGUACCUGACACCAUCUGUAGUUUCCUUGAUGGGAGGAUUGCUGCCAUUUGGAAGCAUAUUUAUUGAGAUGUAUUUUGUCUUCACGUCCUUCUGGAAUUACAAGGUGUACUACGUCUAUGGAUUUAUGCUUCUGGUCUUUCUGAUCCUCAUUAUUGUUACCAUCUGCGUGACUAUUGUGGGAACAUAUUUCCUACUAAAUGCUGAAAAUUACCAUUGGCAGUGGACUUCAUUUUUCUCAGCGGCAUCUACAGCUGUCUAUGUAUACCUGUACUCAGUCUAUUAUUACUAUGUGAAGACUAAGAUGUCAGGGUUUUUCCAGACCAGCUUCUACUUUGGAUACACACUGAUGUUUUGCCUUGGCUUAGGGAUUCUAUGCGGUGCUGUUGGAUUCUUGGGCUCUAAUCUAUUUGUGAGGAGGAUUUACAGAAACAUCAAAUGUGACUAAUUUUCUUCCAAAGGAGAGUAUGACAGACAAUGCCCUUUAUUCAUCUGGUCACUUGACUAUAAGGUCAAGAAGAGCCUCAAGAAUCAUGUAUCUUCGUGGGGGAUGGUUGGUGUCUCUGCCAGGGAUCAUUGGAGUCCUGAAGAUUUUCCCUCUUCUUUGGGCUGUAAGAGAUCCUUUUUCCCUUUGUACUUAAAUUAGAAAGAUUUAGAGAGUUUAAGGGAUUCCAGGCUAGUUUGGUAGGGGUUUCAGACAGACAUAUAUAGUUAUUUCGGACACUCAGCACUGAUCCUUGAUAUUUGUUGAUUAUUGCCAAGGAAUGAGACUCAGGUCAGUUUUUUCUGAUUGGUGAACGAGUUAGGACCAUGUUUGGAUAUAUACAUUGCAUUUUUUGAAGCACGAACGGAAUUUUCCAUCUUCCCUAUAUAAUUGGAUGUCAGAUGCUCAAAAAGGAUUGUAGCUUUUCAGGAACUUCUGUAUAAUUGAUGUGAAGCUGCUUGUUCAGUCAAGCUUUGCUACAUUGUUAAUUUGCUAUUGAGACCCCCUUUUUUGUUUGGUUU